ACACAUGUGUUGUUUGACGCUUCGGGUGUUGACCAUGCCCAUGCUCCAUUUCGAUGACUCGAUUGGGGGUGACCUUUGUCUGCAAUCGGAUCUACUUGAAUUCAUUUUUUGAACAAUCUACAUCGAUAUGACAUUAACACGUCCGAAAUGACUGGCGGACACUUCGGCUGCGUUGACCUAUGCAUAACCAUAGCACUAUUGGAAAUAGCACAUGCUUUCAAGCCCGAACAGAUUGUGCGUCGCGGCCCCGGUUCAGAUCCACAGUGUAUGAGUCCGUUGAUUAGCGCACAGGACGAGUUUCCGGACAGUGCUUUCUCCGCUAGUAGCGUGCUGCUGAAUAAAACAGACUUUCAACCAUACCAAGCGAGAUUAAUCGAAGUUUACGGUAGCAGGGAGCACACAAGCGGAUAUGCGUGGUGUCCCGCUUCACCAGUUGGCGAAAUGUUACAAGACUGGAUUCAGGCCGAGUUUCCAGAUUUGGUCAUGAUCAAGUCCAUUUUUACCGCAGGGCGGGGAGAUGGGAACGUCAAAGAAUUCAUGCCAAGUUUCGUACUCAGAUAUCAACGUCAGGACGGUGGCACCUGGUAUGAGCACGUGAAGCGAGAUGGUGCAAGGGUUUUAUUGGCCAACAGUGAUCCGAGAAAUCUGGCCAGGGCUACACUGGACUCCAUGGUGAUAGCCAAACGAGUUCGCCUCUAUCCCUACAGCCGAACCUCGAAUCAAAACGUCUGUCUACGAUUCGCACUAUACGGAUGCAAAUUUCCAGAUGGUGUUGUCUCCUACUCCAUGCCUCAAGGCGGCUUAGGACUAACUCGGGCUUCUUAUCACUCCGUGUCCCGAGGCGACGCGCUAGAAGACAACAAUGUGGUUCGACAAUUAAAAGACUUAUUCUAUGACGGGCAGAUAGUCGGCACAACAUACCAGCAACUGACAGACGGCCUCGGUCAGCUGAUGGACAAUGUCGCAUUCUUGGGCAAUCUUACUCGCGAAUCGGAUGUGUAUCCUUCGCAGCCGGGCUUUCAUUUUGUCGGUUGGCAUCAAGCGGAACACUCAGAAGUGCAAAUAUUGUUCGAGUUUGACACUGCGCGGCGCUUUACCUGGAUUCGGCUGUUCACUUAUGAUUCCAUUCAACUUAGGGUUCGAUUAUUUUCCCGAGCUACGGUGGCAUUUAGUUCGGACGGCGUUCGAUUUGAGGACACCCUAGAGUUCACCACUGGCCGAGUCCAUUUCUAUGAUUCCCGGAGUAGGACUUUGUCUAGGCCCCAAAGGAGCCCUACAUCGGGUCCUGGAGACUCGAAACGGACUCGCCAGUCCACUAUCUCUCAACCAGAGGUUCGAAUCUACGCAGAUCCGGAGUACGGAGGUGCUGUGGUCGUCGAAAUGGAUUUGAUCAAACGCGUCGCCAAGUACAUCCGUUUGACUAUCAUCCCAACCGACAAUUGGUUUGUAUUGUCUGAGAUUCAGUUUAAUUCAACCGUCGCAGCCCCAUCAAAAUCAUCGCUUCACACUCAAACGUCGUCCCUGCAGUCGGAUAGGAACACUUCCAAUCAACUUUCCCGAAAUUUGAAGAACAAACCUGUGGACUUAUCGUCAAAUAUAGGCGCCCAGUCUGGAGCAUCUCCGGGCGCCCAGGGAUCCACAAAUGGGCGGGCUCGAGAGACGGCGACUGUCAUAAAUAAUAGACCGAAGCACCAAUCCAGUCCUUCGGCUUCCGCCAAACAAACAGGUUCUCUGGUGGCAGAUUCCGCCAAUUUCAUCAACGAUCUUAUCCCUUCCAACGAAAAAUUCGUCACUGUUCUACCCAUCAUCAUAACUAUCGCCUUCUUACUCCUUUUGCUACCAACUGUGCUACUUGUGUGGCUGUGCACACGCAAACAUCGCAAGAGAACGCGACUAUUGUGCCUUAGCAAACAUAGCGCAGCUGACGGUGAUCGUGGCGGUUUUCAUUCCCAUGGCCGGCUGGGUACCGGAGAUUUAUUUACCCUUGGACCGAAUCCUGCGUUGAGCACACAGGAAGCCGCUAAACUGUUGGCACCGUAUCAGCAAAUAACUGCCAAACCCCACCCAGAUGGGACAUUCGCCACAGCAGGUCCCUUCUGUAUAAACAAUGGAAACCAUCUCAUCCAUCGUAUUGGUGACGGAACUGUGAUUGGUUCGACAACUGUUGGAAAUAUGGGACAGACAGUUCAGUACACUUCUUCACACCAACCUUCUGGAACGGGUGUACUAAUGACAUACAGUCCCGAUUCCAGUGGUUCUGGCACAGACCGCAACGCUCCCUUCCCAGUCGUUUCCACUUUGACGCAGUCUAUGGCACUGAACAAUUGCGCUCAAGCACCUGUCGAGCCUACUUUAUACUCUCAGACCGAUGGGAAUUGCAUUAAUGGCCCUCCACUCCUACGAAACGAUGAAAGUACACGACAGCUAUACUUACCGGCUUUUAUUAUGCUGCCUGCCGGUCCUUCAAAGGGAUCUAUCAUCUUCCAGCAAGUAUCCUAUAGCCACGUUCCAGUAACAGCAGUUGCCGGUCCGCACAUACCUACUGGGCUAAGCCAACUUGGCACGCCAGAUAGCGGAAGCCUUUACACUAGCAUACGUAACAGCAUUGCACCACCAAGCCUGUCAACAUUUAACGGGGUGGAAUCGGAUGUUCGCCAGAUGUCACAAGUUCGGAGUGAAAUGGAAUACAAACCCGAACAGACAAGAAGUGGUCCGGUAGAGGAAAUUCCAGUUUCUAAUCCGGUCGCUCCGGAGCACGUGGAAAGGCUCCAGGAGGAUGUAGUAACAUCGGAGCCAAACAGCGGUGAAGAAAUACAUUUGGAGAUCGACAAUACCACGAGACCAGCAGGAUAUGACCCGGCUUCAACAGAGGCCGAUGGAAGGUCAGAUGCAUCGGAAAUUUUACCCGUGUAUUCUGCACACGUAGAUGAUCGGGGAACUUCGGUCGGGAUAAUCACGGCCCCUGUGUGUCAUUCUUCCGCUAUGCUGCCUGGAAAUACUGAGUCCAAUGGUCAACGUUCUAUAGCAUCUCUACCUGACGGGGUCGAGUCAAUUUCCUUCCAUGCUGAUCGAAUGCCAUUGAAUAACCGAUCUUCUGUCUUCGUGCCCCAUCCGUCGCAGCUGAAUCUGGUGUUCCAACCAUAUGGUCCGGAGUACGCCAGCGCCUCGAUAUUCAGUUUUACACCACCUCCAUCUGAGCCCCCUAACACAGACCCUCCGAAUACCUGCUCCGAGGCUACACAAGCGGUCACACUUCAUCAAUCAGUUCCAACUUAUACAGUUUCAUUUGCGCAUCCAUGUUCUGGACCUAACAACGUAUACGCUGGUCCAGCAUCAAUGCCGGUCGAUUUGGCCACGCUACGGAUUCAGUCAAGGCAGGUACCAUCGGGUCAACUACAAACUACGGUGAGCCCUCAGACUCCUGGACUUUUGCUGUUACCACAAUAUCCUUUCGGGCGUGUGAACGGCGACGACUCUCAAGCGCUAUACCAGUCAAUUUCAUCGAAUCCCUAUGUCUUCCCGCCGGAGGCAGGCCAUCCGUGUAACAUGUACUCACCCGACCAUCAGACAACAUCCCAGCAGCAUGUGAAUGGCUAUACAAAUCGCAUCACAAUGGGAACGGAAGUGAACAACGGAUGGGUGCCUUCGACCACGAAGCGGCUGAGCGCAACUCCACAAGACAUGGACCCAAAACAGACCAGCUGGGGGCCUGAAGUACCUUGGGGUGCGUCAGCGAAUGCUUAUCUCUUGUCCAAUCCAAUACAUUUGAACGUCCUUCCCCAUUCGCACGCAUCAGAGAUGCUUGCCUUUACACAAAGCGGUUCCCAAAUUCCCCCACAGCAUUAUAUUCCUACUCAUCUGGUUUUCCCAAUGUUGUCAACACAACAGCCGUCAAACCCCCUGGUUGAAAACAUCCAUGAUUGUAAUGCGCGCCAGAUUGAUUCGAAUUUCCGUCGUGCUAGCUCAGUUGGGGCUACGAAAGGACCAGUUGGUUAUCCUGCACUUUCACAUGAAAAUUGUAUCCGGGAUGGACCCGGCUCCGGACGAUUGUCUAUCUAUUCCGUGUGCACCUGAAGAGGAAACGGUCAUUCACCCAUGCACUCUACGAGUUGUUUGCAGACCAUUUGCAACAGUUCCCUGCCCUCACAUUCCUACACGGUUAACGUAACACUAUUCUAUUUCCGAUACUGUCGUCCUUGUCUUCUGCUCGUUCGGCUUUCUGUCCUUGUGGAUUAAUUGAACUACGCUUUUUAAUCAAAUUUUGCUACACACAUCCUGUUCGUAGUAUAGUCCGAACUUUCGUGAGCCACAUUGUACUUUUCCUUUGGACAAUUGUGAUCAGACUUCAUUUCCAGAUGUAGAUACACCCCCAUUUUGGAUAUGCAGUUUAUGCUGUGUUGCGCGCCGCCUUAUGCCUGUCACAUUGAUUGUUGCACCCGGUCACCCACUCUCGCACUCCAAGGGUUAACAGAUUGGACACUGCUGCCAUCUCGCACCCGGCUUACUUGUUAACACAAAGACCUUAUCACGGUCUGGAUGCGGUACAUGUGAUUGCUUUGUUCCUAAUUUUGUUAUUUCUGUACAGCCAUCAGUAAUGCCUUUGAACCGACUUUGUCUUACAAAAGUGGAGUGCUUCGGUUGUCUUCGUUCGACUCUUGUACAGCCACCACGUCUUGUGUAACCUUGAAGAGGGGACUUCAAACGCGUUUUCUCGUUUGGUUUCGUGCCACAUGUACAUGAUGCAGAUACCCUUUUUGCUUUAUGAACAACGGUGGCCCCCUGUUUUCAGCCAAAUGCAAGUAUAACGUCCACG